GACAAUCUUGAUAUUAGCUUGCUCGACGUAGCUCAACAGACUAGACCGUCAACAAUGACCGAAGCGCAAUGGACAAUGUCACAGCGAGCUUGGAACAGCUGAGCACCAACCAGAUCCCGGUGUACUUGCUCAAAACCAAAUCAUCACCAUCCGACAGUUACGAAGAACACUUCGAGCAACUCAACAAUGGCCGGUACAGACCCCUGUUUAUGCCGGUUCUCGAGCACAUGUUCCGAGACGAUGCACUGCGAACUCUCCGACGCUCGGCGGAGCGAUAUGCUUUUGCCGGCGGCAGUGCAGCCGACGAAGCGAAACUACGGAAAGCGACAAACAACCCAGCCAAGAAGUAUGGCGGAAUAAUAUUUACCUCGCAACGAGCGGUUGAUGCUUUCGGAUCUGUAACUGCUCGUCUUGACCCGUCGAAGCUCGGAGCGCUUUUCGACAAGCAGAUGCCGCUGUAUGUUGUUGGUCCUGCAACGGCACGAGGCGUGACGUCUAUGGGGCUGCCUUGUCCGGUGCUCGGUGAGGAGACCGGCAAUGGCGAGGCGUUGGCGGAUUUCAUUCUGCAGCAUCGGAAGACCCUAUCUCAGGACGUCACGCACCUCAACGGCAAGCCCCUACCACUACUCUUUUUAGUUGGCGAACAACGACGGGACAUCAUUCCGCGAACGCUGCAAUCCGAGCGCUUGUCUGAGGCGGAACGGACGCCUGUGUUAGAACUCGUAGUGUACGAAACUGGCGAGAUGGCCACCUUUGAGGAAGACUUUACGCGAUUACUUCGAUCUGCGAAGAAGGCGCAUGUGAAGGAGCAAUGGGUGGUUGUCUUUUCACCGCAGGGGUGUGAGGCUAUGCUUAUGGCUCUUGGCUGGCUGGAUGAGAAGUCGGGCAAGUACAGCGAGGCCAGACGAGAAGCACUUGCAGGACCGAUGACGACUCGGAUCGCUACAAUCGGACCUACGACGAGAGACUAUCUGAUACAGGAGUUUGGGUUUGCGCCCGAUGUCUGCGCGGCGAAGCCAAGUCCGGAAGGUGUCGGAGCGGCUGUAUCGACUUAUGGUACGACCUGAAGCAACUUCCUCACAUGUCGCGUCCUCAGCUACGGAGGGUGCUUCAUACAUACAGCCUUACGUGAAGGCUUUUCGGUCCCUUUGACCGUUGUCGAGGUUGUUAUCAUUCCCACUCGGCGAAUGCUGCUCGAAAGAGUGCUCGACACCACUCGAGGAGUUCUCGUGCCAGAAAAGCUUCAACUCGAGAGCAAAGGGCCUGUUGGCAGGAUGGUGAAUCAGACGCAAACGGCGGCUGUGCCGGACUUGCUCGUUUUCGAAACGGUAAAAGUUACACUCGACCUCGGCGACCUCAUCUGGGCGCUAAAACUUUCCACGGGUCUUCGAUGAAGCUGGGAAGGAAAUAAACCAUAUCGCCGCGUUCAUUUUUGAUGCCGUGACGGAGUGCUUCCAGGCGUGCUGCGUCACUUUGAGGCUCGUGAGCUGAAGAACCCGCGAUACACGCAGUUGUUG